GUCUGAUUUCCAUAAUUGACUGGAUUAACCCAUGUCUCAAGAGCUUCACGCGAGAAUGAUGCUCAUUAGGUGUAUUGACCAAACAUGAGCGGCUCUGAAAUUCUUGACACGAUCUUUACCACGAACAGCGUAUCAGCUGGCGUGUUCUUCUGUGCACUAUGUAGCAAGCCCUUCAGCCAAGAGACUGCACUGAAGCGGCAUGUGUCUUACUGUCGACGAACAAAAGACCGACCCCGAAGCCGACCGAAGCCUUGUCGAGAAUGCAGCGCAGCCAAACAUAAGUGUAGCUUACAAGCUCGCUGUACGCGUUGCACAAAGAAAGGACUAGACUGCACCUACGCAGAAAACAGAACUCAAGAGCCCACAGCCAGCACAGAGGCCCUCAACGCACAAGUUUGGGCGCCGAGUCUCCUGGGCUUGGAUUCAGCUAAUCCUCAGUCUAUUUUUGCACCAGAGGCUUCGACUUUUGAUCAUCAAGUACGAUGGGAUCCAUUCUCGCAAAUGAUUGAACUGCCGGAUGAAGUCGCUUUUGGCAACUUCCCUCUGACGGAACCUGGACUUGGUCACAUAACGGAGGACCUGGUGGUCGGUGACACCUAUUUGUCUCCAUCACCAGAACCGUACCGGCAGAUACUGCCACAUUCAGUAAAUCUUGGCAGGCGCGUGACAUCAAACACCUCUUGGAUCGUCUUUCCACUUCAAUUCAUCAAGGAGCCAAAGGCGGCGGCCAAUGGCAGCGCAAAUAUGAUCAAACAGGCGCUGCGCUCAUAUCCCGAAAUGAUGCUGCGAAGGUCAACAUUUCCUCCCUUCAUACACCAAUACCAGGACAAGAGCCAUCUUCCCGAGCCACUGGCAAACUGUAUGGGCAUAGCGAUUUUGUUCGUAUCUCGAAACCCAGACACUAGUUCGUUCUUAUGGCAAUCAAUUCGAAAGGAGCAGGACAGAAAUCUCAGCGAAGUUGGAAUAGUGCACCCUGCCCUACCAGAUGAGUUGAGAAUGCUGACUUUGCCAAACAGAUGGUUAGAUAUAGCAAAAAAGACAUUUUCGCCUCAAUACAAGCAGAACUGGUAUAUAUCAUCAUGCGUGUCGUCGCCGGCGGUGGAAGCACUCUUGCAGACCGUGACUACAACACCCACAUGCUGUUGGCUUAUGAGGCGUUUUGGAAACAAUUCAUGGCCAUGACUGAUACUACAUGUAGUGUAGACUCUAAGAGUUCGCAUUCAUGGGAAGAUUGGAUAUUGGACGAGUCUCGAAUAAGGUAAGUGGAUUUCGAAAAGUUUUUACUCAACGUUCAACGAGCUGACAAAAAGACGCGUCAGAAUUGCUUGUGUGUGGUUCUUGGUAGCGCAGGUAGCCACCGUUAAGGUAGGCAUAUCUUGCAGCGUUCUUGACACAUGGAGAGAAUUGCUACUGCCAUGUCACAAAGUACAAUGGGGUGCUACAACGCCAGAAUCAUGGGACGAAGAAACAAAAGCGUUGGGAAAUCUUCCAAAGCGGGGUAAGGAUCUGGUUUAUUUUCGGGAG